CACUGUAUUUGCCGUAACAUCUGUCGUGUGUUCAGAUUUAUUUCCCUUUAUACUAACGACUGAGCAUUGCUGUGAUCUAACGUCUACCAACUGCUACAUUUUUUCGCCAAUGUGCCAGCAGAGUUACUCUAAAGCCGUAAAACAAGCGAGCUCCGCGUAUAAUAAACGAAAUUAACCCGCGACCCGAUUAAAUUAACUAAUUCAAAGGCAGCAGGAGACCGUGCUAGUGUAAUAUGUUGAUUUUUGUUUUAAAGACCAGCCUCCCGAGCGCAGCGCCUUCCAGGCAGUAGCGCAAUGGUUAACCUGCCACGCGCACACGUGUUUUUUUUUUUUGCCUCUCUCUCUCUCCGUCUCUCCUUUUUUUUUUAAUAGCUGUGGGAACGAGCAGCUGCAGUCGGAGCUGUUGUACUGUACUGGCAGCAGGCAGCACCGCGCAGCUGCUGGGCCGGGGGAAAAAAGCGCUGCAUCCCCACUGCACUCCAGUCGCGCAGGCGGAGGGAGAGGCGGGGAGCGGGCGAGCCCUUCGCCGCCGAGCCGGAGGGGAGGCGCCUGCCCGGGGUUCCGCUCCGCAGACACGACGAUCCUCAGAGCCAUUGCACUAGCGCGGAGCCAGAGAGCGCGGCGCCCGUCCACCUGGGCAGCGGCGCUAUCCUCGGAAGAGAACCUGCGUUGUUUACAAUCUGCCUCAGCCUGUUUCGUCUCGGUUUGCCCCCUCCCGUCACAUUAUUUCGGUUCCUGGGGGGGGGGGUGUUUAUUGAAGACUUGAUUGUCACCAACAGCAGUAAUCGGCGCUAUUGACCAGGCUCGUGGAGAUCCAGACUUGGUUUGAAAAGCAGAGAGACGACUCCUGAUCCUGCCGCACGGCGCAGGUCCCUGUGAAGACGGUCUGCGCCCGAGGCGCUCGGAGAGGCGCUGGGCAGGGAGACGUCAGGAAGCGGGGCUGUUCAGCAGGUUUUCUCUGCUGCUCUAUCCAGCAACGUCCAGACCCGUGUGAGAGAGGAGGAGAGGAUCUGCCGCCGCGGUGCCACCACACAACUGCCUGCCCUCUUUUUUUUUUUGUUUCAGGACUGAUCUUUUUAACCCGCUCAGAAUCGGACAGAUGGCUCUUGAACCGCGGUGGCCGUGAAAGCUGGUGCAAACUCGAAAUAUUUUCCGAGACUCCUGUUUGUUUUAAUCAUCACCCAUCAUUUCUCAUCACCACAUCGUUUAAAAAGGAGGUUCUGUUUUCUUCCUUUCCGGAUAUUUGUACUUUUUACGUUAUUUUUUUUCCCAACACCCCCCCCAAAAUGCCGGCUGGCAUGAAGCCGCUGGAAAAGUUUUUGAAGAAGCAGACCACCGCGCUGACCCGGGCCGGAGGGUUCGGGGACAAAGCGGGCGGCAACGGCGCCUCCCGCAGGCGGGCCAGCCUCUCCCGCGUCGUGCCUUUCUUCCGGGAGACCUCGCCGGAGAGCGGCCCGGCUCGGGAGGUCUUCAGCCCGGACUCGGAGGAGCCCCCGUGCUGGCCCCCGGCGGCCGCCGACUUCAGGAGCCCGUCCCUGUCCAGCGACGAGCAGAGCUCGGAGGGCAGCCUGGAGGCGGCCUGGACGCCGCUGCCCGCGGACACACCUGAGAAGCUGGUGCUGACGCUGCUGGACAGCGUGGCGGGCGGCCGCCGGCAGGGCAGCAGCGCAGAGACCCUGCUGGAUGACUUCAUGCUCACUCAUCCCAUCUUCCUCCCUGCGGACAAGUUGCAGCAAGUCCUCCUAGAACAGUUCCGCGCCGACAGGAAGCCGAGCGAGGGCUGGCAGGGCUGGGACGGGGCGGACCGGAAGCAGGCGGUCCUGAGCGUGGCGUUCCGCUACCUGGACACCUACCGCGAGCUCCUGCAGGAGGAGGGCGAGCGCUCCCACUGCUUCCCCAAGGAGCUGUACUUGUGUGCUGCCCAGGAGCUGAGUCGGUACCCUGAGCUGGUGGAGGAUGUUCUCAAGUUGCAACGCUGGACUGAGAUCCUCCAGAGCCAGUGCCAGUACUCAGAAGGAGGCGGGGUUUAUGCCGAGCGGGAGGAGCUUAUGAAACUGAGUGGGAGGGGUUUAAGGAACUGUCAGACUGCAGGCAUGGGAGGAGCUUCCACUGCAGAGGAACAGACGCUGAUGAGAUCUAAUUUGCAUCAUGCUGACCUGCAGUGCUGUGCUGUGCUCUGUCGGCCACAGGUGGAGUUUGUGUGCUACGUGUUUCAUGGAGAGCAGGCUCGCUGGCGCCCCCUGAACCUGGAGCUGGUAUUGCAGCGGUGUAGCGAGGUGCAGCACUGGGUUGCCACGGAGAUCCUACAAUGCCAGUCUCUGCCCAAGCGGGUGCAGUUGCUCCGCAAAUUCAUCAAGAUAGCGGCACUGUGUAAGCAGCAGCAGGACCUGCUGUCCUUCCUGGCUUUAGUGCUCGGUCUGGACAAUCCUGCGGUCAGCCGACUGCGACUUACCUGGGAGAGAAAGCAGGGCAGACUGGCAAAGCUGUUCUAGCCCUCCCACUGACCCACUUUUGUCUCUCUGCAGGAUCCCUCCAGGAACCACAAGUCGUAUCGCGACCUCCUCUCCAGUCUCCGCCCCCCACUCAUCCCCUUCACCCCACUGCUGCUGAAAGGUGAGCUGUCAAUCACCGGCAGGCCCCUCCCACUGGGGGGAGGUGCUUCCGAGCGCCAGACUGUGAGAAUUUAAUUGAAGCAGCUUGAGAGGCAAGGGGCCAAGGAGGGGUAGACGGGAGAGCUGCUGCAGUGUUUCUGAAGGCCAGUUUCUUGCUAAGAGCGUCUCUGUCCUGCAGAGGUUUCCUUGCACUGCUGGCAUCCAGAUGUGCUUCAGAAAACACGUUUUUCAAAAAUACUCCCCCAGAUACCACUGAUGUUUUCCAGUCCAGCUGUGAGGCCGGCGGAGUGUCUUUAUUAGAGACCUGUGUUAAACCCUUCUGCAAUUAACACUCUCCCUUAAUCGGCCCAGCCUGUCUGCCACCACCCCCCCCCUCACCAAGCUGCUCUUUAAUCUGGAGGCUCGGGCACUGAGAUCUGACGAGGCACAGCCUCUCCUGCUGCUCUGGGCAGAGCGACACUCGGGACUGGAGGGCAGGCUGCUCAUCUGUCCACUGAAAAGUGUUUCUGGAGGGCUGUGAUCUCUCUCGUCGGGGCAUGCCAACUGCGUUUUUAGCUCCAGAUCAGGGUGAGGGUUGUGCUGAGUGAGAAAGACCAUGUGGUAGAGGAGAGAGUAGAGUAGUUUACUGUCAAUGCUGAUCCAUCAUCAGGUUUCAUGUUAUAAAGUGCCUUUUCAUGCUGGAGACAUGCUUAACCAGUCAGUACUAAUACAGCAGGGCCCAGGAGAGAGACGUGUGUUUUAACUGGUGUUCACACCCAGCCAGUUGUGCGCCGGUCACCUGGGGAACCAAGUCACACACAACUAGGGACUUCCGUGACCUCCCUCAAUCCGUCAGUGACCGGAGCUGUCGGAAUCCGAGUCUGUAGCAGUUAAGGAACUUAAGUUCUCCAUCACACCUGAGGCCCUCAGUCACCUAAUCAAUACUUCAGUAAUCAAUCAAUAA